AUGGCUGCUGCAAGACGCGAUUUUGUUGUUGAAAUCACUCCGGCAAAAGAAUCAUGGGAUGUUGUUGUUCGAGUUAUUCGCUUAUGGUUUGUUCCAGACAUGAAUUCGAAACAAAAAUAUUAUGCGAUGGAAAUGAUUCUAAUGGAUGAAAAGGGUGGCAAGAUUCAGGCUUCUGUUCGAAAAGUUUUGCUCUAUCGAUUUGAUAACAAAGUUCGAGAGGGUAAUGUUUAUAACUUUAAACAUUUUGGUGUCGCCACUAAUACUGGAGCGUAUAGGACCAUAAAACAUCAGUUCAAAUUGAGUUUGCAGAAUUCCACAGUGGUUACAGAAUUUGGUGCUGAUCUGAUAACUUUCUCCCCUUACUCAUUUGUAUCUUUCCCAUAG